AUUACCCGGUCAGUGGAAAAAUUGUCUGGCUAACCGGUCCGAGGUGCAAAGAUUGAAGACUGUUGCCCUAUCACAUCCCAAAGUUAUCGCGGACUAAAAUCCUUACGCAAACAGGAAUCAAUAUAGAAGCUGGGUUGCUACACAAGUGGCAGCUAACGGUAGAUAACUGUUGAGAACUUCCGGUGAAGAGCUCUUUAUAACAACAGUUUGAUUUGAUAGUAGGUGGUUAUUUUCUUGUCAAAUUUUCGGAAUAUAAAUAUAAAUCAUGGAUGAAGUUAUGUUUGAAUUUUUACACAUGGAAAUAAUUAACUAUGUUUACCGAACGGCGACAAAAGACGAGAAAGAAAACUGUAUUUCACACCUAGAAUCGUUAGGAUUCCGUGUCGGACAAUCGCUAGUGGAGCGCUUUACUCGCGACUGGCCCCGAUAUAAGGACGAACUAGACACUAUGAAAUUUAUAUGUAAAGACUUUUGGAUGGCUGUAUAUAAAAAACAAGUGGAUAACCUACGUACCAAUCACAUGGGAGUGUAUGUAUUGCUUGAUAACCGUUUUCGUUUUCUUGUGCAGUUAUCUUCAGGAAAGCAGUAUCUUGAAAACGCCCCAAAAUAUUUAGCCAUGUCUUGUGGUAUUAUACGUGGAGCCCUCUCCAAUUUGGGAAUCAACUGUGUAGUUACAGCUGAAGUUACAGUUAUGCCAUCGUGCAAAUUCCAGAUCCAUAUUCAAAGACUUUAGUGAUGUAGUCAUGCCUUUAGAUAAUGUUAUCACAAUCUCUCUGUCUUGUUGAUUAGUAUGUCGUGGUAAUAUUUAUAUUCCGGACAUACGUAGUCGAUGAACCAAGUUUUCUACUGUGUUACUGUGGAGAUAGGAUUACUCUUUAUACAUGCAUUCUUUUUGAGUGUGUGUAUAUCUAUCUAUCUAUAUAUAACACAAAGAGAGUUGUUGCCAUUUUGGAAACUAAAAAAAAUAUUGUAAAAAUAACUUUCUUUUUAAAAAGAUCCAUUUAUAUUUUACGGAAAGCACUUUGGUAAAAACCGGCGCAACUCUGUAACCAGUAUCACUCACUUCAUCAGUAACAACAAUCAGUGACACAUUCCAGCUGCGAUCUCCGUUCCAUGUCUUAUAUGUAUGUGGUUGUAUGAUUAAUUUAUUUGUCAGAUGGAAUUGGUGGUGCUGAGAUUCCGUCACUAUUUCUUCUGCAAACAUUUGUUAAAAUGUAUUAUUUGUUAACUCAAUGUAAUAUUAAUUUUAUCUCAUGAGAACAUCUUUUUAUUAUUAUUAUGAUUUAUUUGUUUUUUGUUUUUUUUGUUAAGGACUUCUGUCCGUAUGCUUUUUCCAGAAAUAUAAUCCAGCCAGGGACAACAAGAUCCAAACUUAUCAUCUAUUUACUGAAUGCUGACAAUGCUUUACCACUAUAAACAGCGUAUCGAAUCCUUCUGUUUGUAUUUAAAGAUAAGAUUCAUUUGUGAUUAAGAAUUACAAAUCAUUUGAUUGGGUUGAAUUUCUCACAAACAACAAUGAUUACUAUUAAAAUAUCGGAUGUCUAUUUAGUUUAACUUUGCUCUUAAGUUCGAAGAUCUUGCUAUCUUCCGAAAGCUACCAGUUAUAUGUUAGUAUUGAAAUAUUAACUUUUCUCAAAUCUAAUUAUUAUUAUCGUUAUUUUACUUUUUGUCCCAAGUUAGUCUUGGUCAAAAAUACCUAUGAGCAGAAAUGAUGUGUCAUUAUUUUUGGGAUACAAAACUUCAUUAUCUAAUGUGUUUCCUCCUACAUUUUUUUUUUUAAAGCUGGUAGGGUGCGAUUUAAGAAAAAGUUUGGCUGUUAUUUCUAGAAGUUGCGUGACCACACUGAAGCUCCCUCUUAGCAAGGGCACCAAGCGGAUAUUUUGUAACUGCUUCUUAUUGUCGCCAUAGUUGUACUAAUUGAUAGUUAAAAUGAGAAUUGUGUGUUAAAAUCAUUCCAAAAUGCUUACCCUUUGGGAAAAGCUGCUCAUAUAUUAGUUCAAUAGAAAAUAAUGAGCCAGUGAAAAGCAAUUAGGUAUCGGUAGAAUAAUUUUUAAGUUACUAGUAGUUCUUUAGCAACAGAAAUUUCAUCAAGGUAGGAAACUCUUUCAGAUUUCUCUCAACCCUAACUUUCAUAAAAAGCAUAACAAUGUGAACGAAAUUUCCAUCCUUUUUAGUGGAAAUAAUGUGAAACUUCUUUACUGCAAAACCUUUGUAAUAAUCCACAUGCAGGUUUUGUGAUACAGGUACAAUAUCGUUUUUCUGAAACCAUUGGUUUCAAAGUUUUUUUGAAUUACUGAUUUUCCCAACCAGAGGUGGUCAGCUUGGUUAACACACUCUAGAUUAAACAGAUAUUAAAUUUACUUGAAUAAUUAAAUGAAAUGCAGUUACUUGUACAUAAGUGUUAAUUAGUAUGGAUUAUAAGUGAUUCCAGACCAUCACUGUCUGGACAGUAGGUGUUGUGCAUGUAUAUAUUUAGGGUAAUGUGUAGAGAUUUAGAUGUGAAAAGUUGAAAAAAAUGAAAACUCAACAGUUUUGUUAGAUUAUUAGGGAGUUUUAUCUCAGAUACUUAGAAUGCCAAACAUUAUAUUGUGAUAGCUAUAAUUUGAAAUUAGUACAAAUGACAAUUAUAUAACUUUUCUUUUAGUUAAAAAUGUAAUUCCUGUUAUAAGGCAUCAUGUUUAUACAACCAUUAUAUGUUAAGAUGAAAUCAUUAUGUUUAAAUGUUUUUGUAUUUGAAGAAUGCUUCACAAGAACACAAUUAAAUCCAUUUCAUAUUAACCUCUAAA